GGCCGGCCCCGCGCUCCGGCCAGAGCGACGCGGCCCCGCGGGAGCCGAAAGAACCUACAUGCGAAGUGAAAGGAAACUUGAAACUGCUCUUAUAAAAAAGUAUUGGCUUUCUGCCUUUUUCACAUGUUUUCCUUUUGCAUCAUAAUGGAAGGAGCAGGAUUUUUUGAAUCAUCGAGGACAAAUUUGGGCAUCAGUAGCUGAAGAAAAGAUUAAAAAAGACUUGAAAAUAUGUCAAUAUGACUCUUAAUUCAGAUGCAUCUUUCACAAACAGAGAGGAAUAGUGGUUAAAACCGCUGCAGUUUCAUCAGAAGGAUCUAAUGGAGGAUCUGUGUUGAUUUUUUUAUUAUUAUUAUUUUCCUUCCCGUCCCUCCAUGAAACCCAAAAGAGAAAGAUGGAAAGAGUGUGUAAGGAAAUUGAGAAAAGGCGAAGACUGAAGACAAUGACUUCAGUUUUGGAGUCUGUUUUCCAGAUGUUGUAUAUUCCCUUUUUUAUCAAAUAUAACACAUUGUUUUGAAUAAAUUAUAUCAUUUUGUCAUCAGUAGAGUUUUCAUCAGCUCUAAAAGUGGCCUGAUCGAAAGCUUUUUAAAAAAGCAGAAAUCUAACUGAUUCGCUUUUCAGAUCAUGCUUUUCAAGUUACCAACAGAUAGUGUUUCAGUCUGUUAUUGUGCAGUCGACCUGUGCUUUAUAUGCAUAUCUUAGAGAUUUCACUUUUUCUCUGAUUUUAGUGUUUAUGCUUGUAGUGUUGUAUUUGAGAAGUGUGAAGAGACAAGGCACCAGAAAUUUAACUUUUCAAGGGCUUUGUCAUCUUUACGUUGUAUCUCAGAUUAUAGACUGAGCCUUUGUUGUAAUGCACAGUAUACAAUAAGUCUUUUCCUCAUAAAAAUAUGCUUUAAGAUAUUUGUUUUUUUUAACAAACCGGAUGAAAGUUUGAUAUCUGAACACUGUUUUGUGAAAAAAUGUAUGUCUGGGGAAGAGGAGCUGCCUAAUGGAUCAUGGCUCUGAUGUUCACGGGGCAUACUCUGUUUCUAGCAUUAAUGGUGUUUGAUGUCUUCACUUCUGAAGAAUCUGUAAGCAAUUACUCUGAUUGGGUGACUUUCAUAGAAAAUGUAGAUCAAUAUGAAAAACAGCAACUUGAAGGUCUUAGUGCUGAGCAGAAGCUGAAAAGAUCAGUUCUUCGUCCAAGCUUGUAUUUUGAUGCUGAGGAUGUUCAGGCCCUGAGGCAGAAGGCUCGUACGAGCCAUUUGCAUCUCUUCAGAGCCAUCAGAAGUGCGGUGAUGGUUAUGCUGUCCAACCCUUUAUACUACCUACCUCCACCCAAGCACAUUGAUUUUGCAGCCAAGUGGAAUGAGAUUUAUGGUAACAACCUGCCACCUCUAGCGUUCUACUGUUUGCUGUGUCCCGAAGAUAAAGCUGCAUUUGAUUUUGCCCUAGAAUAUAUGGAUAGAAUGGCUGGUUACAAAAACUGGUUGGUUGAGAAUGCACCUGGAGAUGAAGUACCACUCGGCCACUCCCUAACAGGAUUUGCCACUGCUUUUGACUUCUUGUAUAAUUCAUUGGGAGAUGAGAGAAAGCAAAAAUACCUGGAGAAGAUAUGGUCUGUAAGUGAGGAAAUGUAUGAGUACUCCAAGGUUCGUUCCUGGGGAAAGCAGAUUCUCCAUAAUCACCAAGCAACCAAUAUGCUUGCUUUGCUUAUUGGGGCUUUAGUGGCUGGAGUGGACAAAGGCUCUCAGGCAAAUAUUUGGAAACACACUGUUGUUGAUGUGAUGGAGAAAACAAUGUUUCUGCUCAAUCAUAUUGUAGAUGGGUCUCUGGAUGAGGGAGUAGCUUACGGGAGUUACACAGCCAAGUCAGUAACCCAGUAUGUUUUCCUGGCCCAGCGCCACUUCGGUAUUAACAACUUGGAGAAUAACUGGCUGAAAAUGCACUUUUGGUUUUACUAUGCCACCCUAUUGCCAGGCUUCCAGAGGACUGUGGGUGUUGCAGAUUCUAAUUACAACUGGUUUUAUGGUCCUGAGAGCCAACUGGUUUUCUUGGAUAAGUUCAUCAUGAAGAAUGGAGCUGGUAACUGGCUGGCACAGCAAAUUAGAAAACAUAGACCCAAGGAUGGGCCAAUGGUGCCAUCCACUGCACAGAGGUGGAGCACGUUACAUACUGAAUUUAUAUGGUAUGCUGCUGAAAUCACUCCUCAGCCGCCUCCUGGCUAUGGUACUGCUAAAAUGCAUGUGUUUCCUAACUGGGGAGUUGUUACUUACGGGGCUGGAUUGCCAAACAGUCAGACAAACACCUUUGUAUCCUUCAAGUCUGGGAAACUCGGUGGACGUGCUGUCUAUGAUAUCGUUCACUUUCAACCCUAUAGAUGGAUUGAUGGGUGGAGAAGUUUCAAUCCGGGGCAUGAACAUCCCGAUCAGAACUCCUUCACUUUUGCUCCCAAUGGACAGGUGUUUGUAUCUGAGGCUCUUUAUGGACCUAAACUCAGCCACCUGAACAAUGUCUUGGUGUUUGCUCCAUCUCCUACAAGCCAGUGCAACCAGCCUUGGGAGGGACAGCUUGGUGAGUGUGCCCAGUGGCUGAAGUGGAUUGGUGACGAGGUUGGAGACUCAACUGGAGAAAUUGUAACAGCCUCCCAGGCUGGUGACAUGAUGUUUGUGAGUGGUGAGGCAGUAUCUGCUUACACAUCAGCAAUGAAACUGAAAAGUGUGUAUCGUGUCUUGCUGCUUUUAAAUUCUCAGACAUUGUUAGUAGUUGACCAUAUCGAGAAGGAGGAAGACUCUCCUGUUAAUUCUGUCAGUGCCUUUUUUCAUAAUCUUGACAUUGAUUUUAAAUACAUACCCUAUAAGUUUAAGAACAAGUACAAUGGAGCUAUGAUGGAUGUGUGGGAUGCCCACUACAAGAUGUUUUGGUUUGAUCAUCGUGGGAGUAGUCCUGUUGCUAGGAUACAGGAGGCUGAACAAGCUGCUGAAUUCAAAAAGCGAUGGACUCAGUUUGUAAAUGUUACCUUUCCAAUGAAAAACACACUUACAAGGAUUGUUUACCUUUUCUAUGGCCCGUAUGUCAAUGUUUCUAACUGUAGACUCAUGGAUAAUGCAAAAUCUGGAUUUCAGAUUUCACUCAGUGUCAACAACACUGAAAAUACCGUCUCUGUUGUGACUGAGUAUCAGAAUUUAAAGGCAAGGUUUGAUUACUUGGGGUUUGGUGGUUUUGCUAAAGUAGUUCAUGAAAAUAAAGUGACCAAGUUUGGUUUUGGUACUGAAUCUGUGAAAAAAGAUAUGAAAAAUAAUAGGGUAGUUUUCCCAUUUGGAUUCAAAGUGAACAUAAUUGCAGGGUUAAUUUUGGGUGUCAGUUUGGUCAUACUGGCUUUUCAGUGGCGGUUUUACAUAUCCUUUGGUAAAAUGUUGCGUUGGAUCCUGAUACUGAUUGUCAUACUGUGGCUUAUUGAAUUGGUGGAUGUGUGGAGCAUGUGUACUCAGCCCAUCUGUGCAAAGUGGAGCAGUGACAUGACAAGGCUAGAACGUGAUAAGGGCAAUAAAGCCAAACAAUUAGAAGGAAACCCUGUUGUUUUGCCAGAUGUUAUCAUUACUUCACUUCCCACUUCUGGUGCAGAAAUUUUAAAACAGCUGUUUUUCAAUACCAGUGACUUUUUAUACAUCAGGAUACCUACACCCUAUCUUGCAAUUCCUGAGACUGAAUUUGAAAUUGACUCAUUUGUUGAUCCAUGUGAAUGGAAGGUUUCUGAUGUCCAGAAUGGUAAUUUUCGUCUUAUCCAAGGGUGGCUACAGUCUCUAGUUCGAGACACAAAGUUGCAUUUGCAAAACAUUCAUUUAUAUGAAGCUAGCAGAAGUAAAAUUGUUCAGCAUUCUCCUUUAAGCAAAGACAAAAUGAAAAAGUCCAAGAAGAGAGAAUCCCUGUUAGAGCAAAGAAGCAGGGCAAGAGGGAGUCAAGAAAAAGAUGCUGAAUAUAUUAGGGAACUAAGAAGGCAUCUCGUCUACUAUCCAAAUGCACGACCUGUGCUUAGUUUAAGCAGUGGGAGCUGGACAUUAAAGCUUCCCUUCUUUCAGGAAAUCUUAGGACCAUCAAUGAGAGCAUUAUAUGUAGUGAGGGACCCACGGGCAUGGGUCUAUUCAAUGUUGUACAAAAAUAAGCCAAGCCUUUACUCCUUGAAAAAUAUUCCACAACGCUUGGCUGCGAUGUUUAAAGGGGAGAAUGGUAAAGAAAAAUGUGGUAUAAAUGAAGGCUAUGCCUCUGAGUUUGAAUCACUAAGAAAUGAAAUUUCAAAUUCUAAUUCAAAUGCUAUUUCUGUGUUGUCUUAUUUAUGGCUAGCAAACACAGCAGCAGCAAUGAGAAUUAACAGGGACUUGCUGCCAACAAAUUAUCAGCUGGUCAAGUUUGAAGAUAUUGUGACCUUUCCUCAGAAGACGGCUGAAACAAUUUUUGCCUUUCUUGGUAUUCCUCUUCCUCCUGCUAGCUUAAACCAAAUAUUGUUUGCCACCUCCACCAGUCUUUUCUAUCUUCCUUAUGAAGGGGAAAUUUCACCAAGUAGCAUUCAUGCCUGGAAACAAAACAUGCCCCAUGAAGAGAUUCGACAGAUUGAAGAUAUCUGUUGUUCACUGAUGGACCACUUAGGAUACCCAAAGUUUAUGGAAUAAGUGCUGCUGGUCAGCAGAAAUUUGCACUAAUGAUCUCUGACUCCCAGUUUGUGGAUGAAUAUUAUAUAAGUUUGUUUAUUCUUGUAAAAUGUGUACAGUCUGCUAUUUUCAGAGAGAUUAUUUUAAGAAAAAUGUAACUGUUCCUGAAACUGUGGAAGAGGUUAUUUUUUUUGUUUUGAUUUGUUUUACUUUAAAAGAUAUUGUAACUACUUCUGCGGCCUUUCAAAAAAAGCUGUGUAAACCUUUGCAGGAGUGCCAGCUGAGGCCUCUAGAGCUCAGGGGUUUAGUAGUAGAACAGAGCUUUUCACUUCCAGCUCACCAGUUUGACUCCAGCCCAAAUGGUUAGUUCAGAAAGUAUUUACCAUCUGAUGAUUGUAUCAUGGUUUAUAUGAAAAUAUACUUGUCAAACUGGUCCUAUUCCCAGUGGUGAUUGUUGGCCCCCUUGGGCAGGUUUACUGAUACAUGCUGUCUCACUGAUCACUACAGUGGUGUGAAAUAAACAUAAGCUGAGAUUUCAGGCUGUUCAACAUCCCCUUAGUGGGAGAAAACAGAACAUUUGAGUAAAUCUGGUUUCUUAUUUACCAUUUGAGCAGACAGGCCCAGGACUGGAAUGGACUCAGAUAUUAAAUCUCGUUCUAGGUUAUGGUUCCUGCAUGUCAGAGAUGUGGUACUUAAAUUGGGGUUUGAUGUUUGACAAAAGAGAAGUCUUAAUUCUCCAUUCCUGACGAUGUGGUACCCUUCAUGAGCCUGAAGUAAAUUAUCUGGAGAAAAAGAAAUGGGAUGAAGUCCUAAGAAACUAGCAAGAUCCCUCAGAUGAGCUGUUAAAUUUGUGUAAUUUAGACCUGCCUCAACAUAACCUAAUUUUGAAGGUUGUUAAUGUAUUGACUUCUUGAACUGUUUUAUUCUAUACCUAUUGUCUGAGAGGUUCUGCAAGGAUUUUCUCUUUCUGAGUGAGACUCUUCCAUCCUUCUUUGUUGUAACACAUUUCUCUGCUGACUUUUGUGCAUAAUUUCCCUGGGACCAGUGCAGCUAUGUGAUGCCAUUGGCAAUGGCUUAUUGUUGAUGUCUGCAUAAAAUGCAAUCUGAGAUUUAGAAGACCUCAAAUAAAUCUCUUGCCCUGUG